AUGGAUCUACUAUUUAACACUAAGGAUAUUGCAGCUUUUACAAGAAUGGGACCCCGACAAAUACUCAAGCAGUUUAUAAAUGCAAGCUAUGCUAUUAUUGGUACGUACAUGCUAUGGAAAUUUAUUUCUUUAUUACUAAACAAUGAUAGUCCUAUUGUUGUAGUUUUAAGUGAAAGUAUGAGCCCUGGAUUUGAAAGGGGAGACAUUUUAUGGCUUAGACCUAAAGUAUUUGAAGUGGGUGACAUGACUGUAUUUCAAGUAUAUAAAAACACGAUACCAAUAGUUCAUCGUUGCAUUAAGAAGUUUGGUAAUAAAACACUUACUAAAGGAGAUAAUAACAGGGUCGAUGAUGUAGGAUUGUACAGACCUAAUCAAUAUUAUCUUGAGCCUGAAGAUAUUAAAUCAUGUGUAAUAGCUUAUAUACCAUAUUUCGGAAUGAUGACAAUCUGGGUGAACACAAUACCUGCUAUUAGGUUUAUUGUAUUGGGCAUAAUAGGUUUGAGUGUUUUCUUUACAAGACAGUAG